AUGGCCAGCGUGGUGGUGAAGACGAUCUGGCAGUCCAAGGAGAUCCAUGAGGCAGGGGACCCCCCGGCGGGCGUGGAGAGCCGCGCCCAGAUGAUCCCAGAGGCUCCUGGGGGAGUGACCAGCCCAGCCAAGGGGAUCUCGAAGAAAAAGAAGGCCGUGUCGUUCCACGGGGUGGAGCCUCGGAUGUCCCACGAACCAAUGCACUGGUGUCUGAACCUCAAACGGUCCUCGGCCUGCACCAAUGUGUCCCUGCUCAACCUGGCUGCCGUGGAGGCCACGGACUCCUCCGUGACAGACUCCACCACGGAAGACAGCGGCUCGCUGGCACUGGCCCCCCCCUCCCCCACCCCCCCCACCCCACCCUGGACUCCAGAUGAUCCAGAUAUCACGGAACUACUGAGCGGGGUCAAUAGUGGAUUGGUUCGCGCCAAAGACUCUAUCACCAGCUUGAAGGAGAAAACCACCCGGGUCAAUCAGCAUGUGCAGACGCUGCAGAGUGAAUGUUCUGUGCUGAGCGAGAAUCUAGAGAGAAGGCGGCAAGAGGCAGAAGAACUGGAAGGGUACUGUAGUCAACUCAAGGAGAACUGCCGGAAGGUGACCCGCUCGGUGGAAGAUGCUGAAAUAAAAACCAACGUCCUGAAGCAGAACUCUGCCCUGCUGGAGGUAAGGGGGCCGGCGGGUGUCCCGGGACUGGGGACAGGGUACUUGGUCAGACUUCAGGCGGGCCUUUCCCACCCCACUAUCACCCCGCCCCCUUCAUGUUCACGGAGAAGCUGCGCUACCUCCAGCAGCAGCUGCAGGACGAGACACCGCGGAGGCAGGAAGCCCAGCUGCAGGAGCUUCGUCAUGAGUGAGCAGGAGGUGCAGAAGGUGUCUGCCGGCCUGGAGGACCUGAGGCGGGAGGUGUCCUCGCUGACCACUUGCACAGCCUCGCUCGGAGGGGCGCCCUCGAAGCCCUGGCUAUUGUUCCGCUUCAGGGUGGAGCGGUCAGCCGUGUCCGUGGCUUCGCUGAGGAGCGAUCUGGAGGGCCUGGGCCCUGUGAAGCCGAUUCUGGAGGAGCUGGGGCGGCAGUUUCAGAGCUCCCGCAGAAGUUCCGACCUCUCCAUGAGCCUGGAGCGGGCCCCCCAAGGCUCCUGCACCCGCUGUACCAGCCAGGGGCAGCAGCUGUCCACGGAGUCCCUGCAGCAGCUGCUGGAACGUGCCCUGACCCCGCUGGUGGACGAGGUGAAGCAGAGGGGCCUGGCCCCUGCCUGUCCCAGCUGCCAGCGGCUGCACAAGAAGAUUCUGGAGCUGGAGCGCCAGGCCUUGGCCAAGCACGUCAGGGCAGAGGCCCUGAGCUCCACCCUUCGCCUGGCCCAAGACGAAGCCUUGCGGGCCAAGAACCUGCUGCUGACGGACAAGAUGAAGCCGGAGGAGAAGGUGGCCUCCCUGGACUAUCUACACUUGAAGAUGUGCUCCCUCCAUGAUCAACUCAGCAACCUGCCACUUGAGGGGUCCACGGGGACAAUGGGAGGAGGAAGUAGUGGGGGGACUCCCCCAAAACGUGGGGGCCCAAACCCGGAACAAUAAAUGGCUCCUCAUGCUGG